AGAACCGGGCCUCAACGGGAUGAAGAUCAUUUAGACGUCAGUUCUCUGAGUGAAGAAACGUCUGCCGGCUUCUGCCUCAGAGCUCAGAGCCGUAAAAGGUGGCGGUCCUGGCGUCACCUCCUGUUUGACGGAGCAGAGCUCCUGUCCUCUGCCGACCUCGGCGCCGCGCCGCCUGAUUGCCUCGUUAUGGAGGUAAAUAUUGUCCCAGUGACGGCAGAGCGGCUCCUGCUGGGUAUAAAGGCCUCGCACUGAGCCUCGGCAGGCAGGCGGAGCUCAGCACACGUCCAAGCCUUCGACAUCCAUCGCCGUCGGGUCCGAGUCCGUCCGCACCAUGGUCAGCAGCAGGAUGCUGCUCCUCGGUGCCUCUUGCUGGCUGCUGGCGGCUUUGGGGAGCUGCGAUGAGCUGCUGGAGGAGCGAUCCCCCGAGUACGACGGCAUCAAGACCCAGGAGGAGAAAGAGCUGAUAGAAGCCCUGCAGGAAGUUCUGGAGAAGCUGAAGAACAAGCAGCUGCCGUCGUCAGAGAAGAAGCUCGGCUGGCUCCCACCUUGCGACGCAGGCGAGCAGUGCGCCGUGCGGAAGGGAGCGAGGGUCGGCAAGCUGUGCGGAUGUCCCAGAGGAACGUUGUGCAACUUCACCGUCCUCAAGUGUGUCUAGAGCUCACAUUUAAACACGUCAAACACAAGAAAUAAACUUUUCAAAAACAUUUACUGUUUGUUUUUUUUAAUCUCGAUCAAACUGCCUGACAUGAGGAGAACCUUAAUCCUACCAGAACACUUUCUGAAUAACAUGACUGGGACGUUUAUUUAAAGAGCAUGUUUGACGUUUAUAGCGUCCCUAAAAGCUGAACAGACGGUGGAGUUCAGGCGUGUUGGAAAAACUUUAUAUCUGAGCUGAUUGUCUCACAUGUGGGGAGAAGAGAAGAAGAGAGCGCUCAGGUUUAUUAAUGAAAUGAGCACAUCCCAGCCUGAGCUGCGUUUUAAUCCAGCGUCUGACGGUGUAGGGCUGGACGAUAUAGAAAAAAA